AGAACGACUGUGUGUUGUUCAUCUGUCUAUAUUUUUUAUUAUUUUUUCUGCUCAAAACCAAAAACAAAAAACCUGAGUCACAUUUUCAGAGGUGUCACCGUCUCAUGGAGGGUUCUUCGUCUGUCGGGAAGACGGAGAUCACCAUAUUGACCCAUGGAAAUCUGCACACAAUGGCUAACGACGAACAACAGCAACUUCUGAACAAGAUCGUUCGGGAUGAUUCGCAAGACAAACAAGUAUUGUUAAUGAUAAAUGGUGCAGCUGGGACAGGGAAAACAUUUUUGAUCAAGCUAAUAGAAAACUCAAUGAACAGAAGCGUAAGAAAAAGAGUAGUUUUGAUGACUGGAUCUACCGGGAAAGCAGCAAAAGCGAUCGGAGGGCGCACACUGCAUUGCACAAUUGGCCUACCGAACGAAAAACCUGAAGAUCUGGAAAGAUUGAAAUAUCAGGCAUUCAUCUGCGUCACGACACGACUCAUUAUCAUCGAUGAAAUCACACUCCUAGCGAGCUGGCACCUGGAUGCGACGGACAUGGUUCUCAAGAGAACGCCGAAGAGGACGGAUGCGCUCUUCGGCGGGCUAUCGAUCAUCCUCGUGGGGGAUCUUCGACAGCUGAACUUGGGAGGAUGGCGUGGAAAGAAGCAGAUCGACACAGUCUUCAUAAAAGUUGGUGGAUACCCCGACCCCAUUUCCUGUCAAAAUGUGUGCGAUUGAGGAAAAGGGGGAAAUCAUUCUCGACACCGCAUUCAAACUGACCCCGGCUAUGUUUUACACCGGAUUGCCAGUCGAGUCAGAAAAUCUAAUGAUUUAUUCCUAUCAUAUAACGGAGCCCGAACGGAUAGUGUGAUCUUAGAACCCAUAUAUACCCCCUGAGAUUAGCGCCGUGAUUGAGGAAACAAUGAAAAAACCUUACAACUAACCUUUUCUUUUUUAAGUUUUGAUAAAUAUUCUUCUCAA